AUGUCCCUGUUCAAGAGAUUGGGAAUUCCCGGCCCCGAACCCAAUCUUAUUACCGGCAAUUUGAUGGAAUUCUUUGGGACACCUAAUGUUGAAUUCUACUCAACACUUAUUAACCGUUACGGACCAAUUGUUGGCUACUAUUUGGGCUCAAAACCAAUGAUUAUUACUAAACACUUGGGACUGAUUAAAGAGAUACAGCGUUCGCGUGACUUUGAGGACAGACCCCGACUCGUGCCGGGAGGUAUUAACCCGAGCUCUAAGCGGUGCAAAAUGUUGGGCAAUUUGCCGGUCAAUGAAUGGCGAGAAUUGCGAAAGAAGUUAAACACCGGCUUCACUACAACUCAAUUGCGACAAAUGGUACCAUUAGUCCAGCAAAAGAUUGACAAAUUCAUUGACAAGUUAUCUGAUAAGGAAGGCUUUGAGAUAGACUUUUACAAGUCUUAUCAACGCCUGACACUAGACAUCAUCGGUCGCACGGCUUUCGGUGUGGACACUGAUGUCCAGUACAACCGAAACGACAGAUUUCUGAUCGCUGUUAAGCAAGAGUUUGUGAAAACAGUCAACAAUUCUUUGGUUAAACUAUUGCUUUGUUUUCCAGAGUUUUAUUACAUAAUUCAAGGCUUUCGGAAACUCAUUGAAUACGUGAAGGAAACCAUAGGUUUGACGUCAACAUCGCUUCUGUGGACGGACUGCGAGACAACUCUAAUGAUGAGAAAAUCGGGUCAAAGAGUCGCCGAUGACGGCAAAGAUCUCUUACAGAUAAUGAUCGACAAGGGUUUGCCUGACGAGUGUAUUAUCGCUCAAACCAUUUUGUUCAAUGAGGCCGCCUUUGAAACCAUGUCUGCGAGUCUGGCUUUUAUAACACACAUUCUUCUCAAUAACAAUCAUAUCACUCAACAGUUGGCCAAAGAAGUGGAAGAAUUUGUCCAAAAUAAUGAUCUCGACUAUAGUGUGGAGAAUAAUCUUCCGGUUAUGGAUUCUGUGAUCAAUGAAACUCUAAGACUAUAUCCGCCGCAAACCACCUUUAUUUCGAGAUGUAAUCCAACUCAGGAUUUUGAAUACGAAGACCCGAGUGAUGGCAAACACUACACGAUUCCAAAAGGCAUUCAAAUUCAAGUGGCAUUAUAUCAGAUACAUAGAGAUGACAACAACUACCCAAAUGCCAAUCAUUUUAAUGCUUACAGAUUUAUGGAUAGGUCAGGAAAUCGUGUAAAUAUGGGUACAAACGGAGACUAUUCAGUGAAAUGGCAGCCAUUCGGAAGGGGAGGACGCGAUUGUAUCGGCAAAACAUACGCCAGAAUCGUAUUGAAACUAAUCCUUUCAAACCUGUUGUUGAAAUUCCGACUAAAUACUACUGAAAACACUGCCAGAGAUCGCGAUUUGGAAAUUGUUUACAAAACAGCGACAAUGACUCCUAAGAAUGGCAUCUAUGGCUCGGUUUCCGGACUUUUCCCAUAA